AUGAAGGAUAACAUCAUCAACCCGCCGGAGAAGGCUCCGAAUUUGAUCAAGACUGUAGCUGACCAAGGUCAGGGAGGUCUCGAGGCAAAAACCCGAUCAAGUUCGACCACUCAAUCGCCGAUUGCUCUGACCAAGGAUAAUCCUGCCAUCACGACUCCCAAGCGCAGCAGCAAGCGACACCCUUCAGAAACCGCCGAGGAUGGCGCAAUGCAAGGACGCUCGCUCUUCCCAUCUGAAGUUGCCCAAGGUCAAGACGACAAUCCGCCUGAUCCCACGACUUCAACGAGCCAACGCAAGCAACCCCCUCCUUCCAAAACCGCCGAGGAUGGCGCAGUGCAAGGACGAUCGCUCGUUGCCUACAUCACAAAACUCAAGGUGUCAAAGUUUCACAGGCUCUACAAGAAGGCUUGGAGACAGGAGAUGUGUGCUCUCGCAACGGCCCAAAGCGUUAUCACUACUGACAAAAAGUCGCCUCGCUUUUGGGAAUUUUCGCUCGUGUUCAACCCGACAUUAAUUGUUAAACGCGCCGAGCCGUUGACUUGGAUGUGGCGAAUGGCAUCCGAAUUCUUCGCUAAUCCUUGGACACUCCCUGCUAUCAUUCCUCACAUUGUGGAGGAAUUUGAGCGACUAAAACGAGAGCCAACAAUAGCCAAAGCUCAGUCCAAGUUUAAGAAGCGACUCGCAUCCACGCCAGCGAACUUGAAAGGUGCCGAGGCACACAAUUCUCCCGAGAACCUUAAUCCAAGCAAUGAACCCAUGGAAUUUGUUGAAAUCGUUUGGCAUGCCUUGACAACGGCGUUUCCAACAAAACAAGGUUGGAACCAGAACGAAGAACUUCUCAGCUAUUUACACACAACAACAAUCCUAUUUUAUGAUGUCUACGCUGCCCAUCAGAAGUGGCCACCAACCAUGGGCUCGAAUGACAACAAAUCACAAGAGAUGGCUUUGAAAUCGACGAGGACUGCACCUGAGCACGCUCAGGAAAGUCUGGAGGCAACAACCCGCUCGAAUUCUACCACCCUAUUGACGGUUGACCUUGUGAAGGACAACCCCUACGAACACAAACUCUCCAUGUUGUACGGCAAAUUUGUCUUGUUUCUUUCUCUGGAAACGAUACAGCAGACCGAUUUUCUGGUUCUCCAUUUCCAAAUCCUCACCAUUAGAGUGGGAGCGCCGAUCUGCCCAUUGACAGUCCUGGCUAGAAAGAAUUGCAUUCAAUUCUUUCCUUGGAAACGAUACCCACAAAAUUCCUUCUGUAUCCAAGGAGAUAUUCGGGCACCUUGUUUGUACUUCCCCACCAACAGUGGAAGCGCCAAUCUGUCCCCUGACAUGAUUGACUAG